AUGAUUGAUGACAUCAUGACUAGGGUGCUGGUGGACUCAAGGGCCACUCACAAUUUUCUAUAUGAGAGGAAAGCUAGUAGUCUUCAAUUAAAACUUACUCAAACAAGUAACAAGAUCAAGGCCAUCAACUUUGAAGCCCAAUCAUCCAUUGGGUUAGCCCGACAAGUGAAGACCUGGAUGGGUGUAUGGGAAGACAAGUUGAACUUCCUAGUCCUACAGAUGGAUGACUUCGACAUUAUCCUAGGAGCCGACUUUACAAUCAAAGCCAAGAUAGGGAUCUUCCUCCACUACAAUGAUCUCAUUAUCUGUGGUGGAGAUCAGUCCUAUUUCGUGCAAGGAGCCAUGUAG